AGUUGACUCUAUGGUUACGGACAUUUCGACCUUACAUUAAUUUCUAAAUUAACAAAAAACACAAUAACACAAUAAAAUGGCGGCGAAAGAGACAAUGCCAGUCGAUUCAAACAUCUUCACAUCAACAUACAGACACGACUACAUAUAUUUCAACGACGUCAAGAAAGUUAUCAAGCCUUACAUAGCCGACGAGUUUCGACUGUCUCCGGAGCAAGAGAAGAAAUUCAGAAGCGAGUACAGCGAAGCCUCGCGAAGACAACUAGAUGCCGUCGCCAAUUUGAACGUCAAAGCGUUCGAGGAGGAAAACGCGAGGAUAUUAAAAGAAAGGAUGAAAUCCGUCUACACAGUCGAUUAUAGAGGAGAUCAAGGUGAAGUUCAGAAGACGGUCGACACCGCCACGCUGCUCGAUCCGGAUAGAGACGCGAUAAUCCUCUUCGCCGAGAGGAUGUACAUCCACCAGCCUAACUCAAGGCCAAUCAAACCACUUCCAUCCUCCAGAAGAGUUUUUGGAUAUUCAGCUUUAAAGGAUUAUUUAACCAAACACACAGAGUACCAGGACACGAUCAGCAAGGGCGGGUACAAUAUCAUCAGGGCAGGACUGGACAGAGGGCUCGCACGUCUAGGGCCCAGGUUCGAUUACAAAAAGGCAAACGCCGAGGUGCAUAGGCUGAAGGCGAGGGAAAAGGACGAAGGCAAGGACGUUGUCAUCGAGGACAUCAAGCCCAUCGACUACGAAGCCAUCAAGUUCAAGCCACCGCCUUUAAAAUACAAAGACUGUCCCAGAAAAAGCGAAAAUUUACGAAGCUAACACAUCAAACCAAUAAAAAUUGUUUAAAGUUUUA